AAAUCUCACUUUAUCAACAACUCCAAAAACAAAAACUCACUGAAAACAGAAAAAAAAAAAAAUCAUCAAAACGAUGCCGUCGGAAGCGGAGAGCUCAGCGAAUUCAGCUCCGGCAACUCCACCACCGAAUUUCUGGGGAGACAUGCCGGAGGAAGAGUACUACACUUCACAAGGAGUACGUAACACCAAAUCAUACUUCGAAACACCAAACGGCAAGCUCUUCACUCAAAGCUUUAUAUCAUUAGAUGGUGAAAUCAAAGGCACUGUCUACAUGUCUCACGGCUACGGAUCCGAUACAAGCUGGAUGUUUCAAAAGAUCUGCAUGAGUUUCUCUUCUUGGGGUUACGCUGUUUUCGCCGCCGAUCUUCUCGGUCACGGCCGCUCAGACGGAAUCCGCUGCUACAUGGGUGAUAUGGAGAAAGUUGCAGCAACAUCAUUAGCUUUCUUUAAGCAUGUUCGUUGUAGUGAACCGUAUAAGGAUCUUCCGGCUUUUCUAUUUGGUGAGUCCAUGGGAGGUCUUGUGACGCUUUUGAUGUAUUUUCAAUCGGAAGCUGAUACUUGGACCGGUUUGAUGUUUUCGGCUCCUCUCUUUGUUAUCCCGGAGGAUAUGAAACCAAGCAAGGCUCAUCUUUUUGCUUAUGGUCUCCUCUUUGGGUUGGCUGAUACGUGGGCGGCAAUGCCGGAUAAUAAGAUGGUUGGGAAGGCUAUUAAAGACCCCGAAAAGCUUAAGAUCAUCGCUUCUAACCCGCAAAGGUACACAGGGAAGCCUAGAGUGGGAACAAUGAGAGAGUUACUGAGGAAGACUCAAUACGUUCAGGAGAAUUUCGGGCGAGUUACUAUUCCGGUAUUUACGGCACAUGGCACAGCAGAUGGAGUAACAUGUCCUACAUCGUCGAAGCUAUUAUACGAAAAGGCAUCAAGCACUGAUAAAACAUUGAAGAUCUACGAAGGGAUGUAUCAUUCGCUGAUUCAAGGAGAGCCUGACGAGAACGCUGAGAUUGUGUUGAAGGAUAUGAGAGAAUGGAUCGAUGAAAGGGUUAAGAGGUUUGGAUCUAAAACCGCUUGAACAAACCUACAUUCGUGUUACAAGAACUCGAAGAGAAAUGUAAAUUUAAUGUUAUGAUCCGUAUCGUUGAUUUGACUUGUUUUGUUGUCUGUUGUAAUCCAAGAACAUGACUUUUGUGAUGUCAUAACUUAUAUAUCAUGGAUUACAGAAAUCCUUUUAUCAUCUCUAAACCUUGGAUUAAGUACUUAUACAAGAUUUACAUGUUUAAAAAUAACGAAAUCAAUAAUUU